AUGGAUUGUGAAAUGUGUAUGACUGGCAAGAAUGAGUUCUCACUUACCCGCAUAAGUAUUGUUGGUUGGGAUGGGUCAGUUGUUCUUGAUGAGCUUGUAAAACCUGAGAAGCCAAUCAUCGAUUAUCUCACCCAAUACUCUGGUAUCACCAAAGAACUGCUCGCUCCAGUUACAACAGCAUUACAAGACAUACAAAAAAGAUUAGUCAAAUUAUUUCAUCCACGAACAAUUUUGAUCGGCCAUUCCCUCGAUUCUGAUCUUAAAGCUCUCAAACUUACACAUCCAUAUAUCAUCGAUACCGCAGUCAUAUAUCCUCAUCCUCGUGGUCGACCACUCAAAUCCUCUCUUAAAUGGCUUGCCCAGAAAUAUCUUGGUAAAGAGAUACAAAAGGGACAUGGAGCAACUGGUCAUGAUUCAACUGAGGAUGCGAGAACAUGUCUUGAUCUCGUAAAGCUCAAGUGUGAAAAGGGAUCUGAUUGGGGAGCAAAUGAUUCACAAGGUGAGAAUAUCUUCAAGCGAUUAGCUCGAACCGGGGUAAAAUAUAAAAGCCAAGGAGGAACAGCUAUACCGGCUUCUGUAGAUGGAAAAUCGUCGGCAGCUGUUGAUUGGGGUGAUCCAAAGAGAGGACCUGGCGGUGCUGCAACUUUCUCGAUUGGGUGUUCGAGUGAUGAACAAAUCAUGGAAGGUGUCAUUCGAGCUGUAAAUGGGGAUCCUGACGGAAAGACGAUUCCAGGAGGUGGAGUAGAUUUUGUAUGGGGAAGAUUCAGAGAGCUGGAGGAUUUGAAGGAAUGGAAUAACCAACGACUUCCUCGUGCACCAGAAUCUAAAAGCUCAGCGGUAGAUGGUAACGGUGCUGCAACCACCGAAGCCAACGAUAAAGAUACUACCAUGGAAGAGUCAACUUCUAUUAACCCAGCAACUGCCGCCGAAUCCACCACUACCGAAUCUAAAACCCCUGCAGAAACUCCCUCGGAAGGUACCGCCACUGAUCCUUUCGCACCCGCAACCCUCACCCUGACCCAACGUAUCCAUAAAAUCUACCAAGCCCUCCCUCCAUGCACAGCCUUCAUUAUCUACAGCGGUUCCGGCGAUCCCAAGGAAAUGGUUCGAUAUCAAAAAAUGAAACAACAAUUUCAACACGAGUACAAGACGGUGAAGUGGGAUCAGCUGAGCGUUAAGUGGACGGAUGUUGAGGAACAGGCUAUGAGUAAGGCGGCGGAUAGAGCGAGGAAUGGAGUUGGAUUUAUUGGGGUUAAGUAGGUGGGUUGGUGGGUGGCUUCAGCGAUAUUAGGGAGAGAGGGAAGGAAGAGGGAGGGGAGGGGAGAAUGAAUACCUGAAUGCAUGGAUGGAUGGAUGAUGUACAAUUAUGGAGAGAGAGAAAAAUACGUUGGAAGAAGUACGAGAGGGAGUGAGGAAGGAAUGGUAUGGUAUGGGAUAGAGAAGUGUGAUGAGAUAAAGAUGUGUAAAUCGAAAUCGAUGCCGAUACCGAAAGAUGAUACCAAAACAGGAUAAAGGGAUAGGAAACAAACGUAUAUAUGCGUGUAUGUAUGCGUGUAUGUAUAUAUCUCAAGUCCAGUCCCUGUCCAUGUACAUGCAUGAACUAUCAAAUUUCUCAACGGUACGAGUAUCAUUUAUCCAUCCAUCCAUCCAGUCUUCCUCAUCUCAUCCAAUACAAAAAACAAAAACAAAUAUAAAUAUACAUAUACAUAUACACGUAUAUAUACAUAAAUAUAAAACCAAACAAUACACAAAACCUCAAAUACCAUACCAUACCAUACCAUACCAUACAAUACCAUACCAUGCUCAAAUAAAUCACCAAGCUAACUCGCUCGCUCGCUUGCUCGCUUGCUCAUCUGUUUGUUUGUUUGUUUGUUUGUUUGUUUGUUUGUUGUCGUCCAUCCAUCAUAUUCGUGUGAUCCCUACCUACCUACCUAGGAAGUACGUAGUUAGGUAGGUAGGUAGGUAGGUAUAGACAUAUACAUAUAUACAUAUACA